GACUCUCAACAUGUUCUCUUUUUAAAUUUCUCUUCUUUUGUUAUUUUCUUUUAGAUUUAAUUUAAUUGUAAUUAACUUGUUUUCUUUUUAGAUUUAUUGUUAUUAUGAGAUUAAUUAGUAACCUUUAUUCGAGGAUUCAUCCUGUUAGUAGUAAUUACUUUAUAUCUACUCCAAUAUUUUAUGUGAAUGCUGAUCCUCAUAUUGGUCAUGUUCAUACGUUGGUUGUUACUGAUGCCUUACAUCGUCUCGCAAGGUUAAAAGGUGCUGAACCGACCAUGUUUACAACUGGAACUGAUGAACAUGGUCUUAAGAUACAACGAGCUGCUUUAGCUCGAGGUUUUGAGCCUCAACAGUUUUGUGAUAACAUUUCCAAAAGGUUUGCCAAUCUAUGUUCAACCUUUAAUAUUGGAAACACUCAUUUCAUCCGAACCACAGAUUCUAGUCACUUAAUUGCUGUGCAACACUUUUGGAAUCAAUUGGUUAACAAUGGUUAUAUUUAUAAAUCUAAAUAUUCUGGUUGGUAUUCAGUGUCCGAUGAAACAUUUUUACCAUCAAGUUCGAUUGAAGAAAAAGAUAUCGACGGGAUAAAGGUUAAAAUCUCUACCGAAUCUGGACAUGUACUCGAAUGGUUUGAAGAGGAAAACUACAUGUUCAAAUUGAGCCAAUUCUCUGAACCAUUGAUAAACUAUUACGAGACGGAAAAAAUUUCUAUCAAACCAAAUAUAUUCCAUCAAUUAGUAGUUCAUUUGAUUAAACAAGGACUCAACGACAUCUCAAUUUCCAGGCCAAUAUCUAGACUCUCUUGGGGAGUACCCGUGCCUUCAGAUGAAUCACAACGGAUUUACGUUUGGCUUGAUGCUCUUGUCAAUUACUUAACUGUUGCCGGUUAUCCUAAUCUGUCACAAUUUUGGCCUCCAGACUGUCACGUUAUUGGUAAAGAUAUUAUCAAAUUUCAUGGAAUCUAUUGGCCUGCCUUUUUAUUAGCAGCUAAAUUAGAAUUACCCAAACGGAUAAUCUGUCACUCACACUGGACUGUUGACGGUGUCAAAAUGUCAAAAAGUCGACAAAAUAUCGUUGAUCCCUUUAACCUUCUUCAAACCUAUUCCCAAGAAUGGAUAAGAUAUUUUCUCCUUCGACAAGCAGUUCCACAUGAUGAUGGAAAUUUCAGUGAAUCUCAGAUGUGUUAUUUUCUCAACAUGGAUCUCGCUGAUACUUUUGGUAACCUCCUGAGUCGAUGUUGUGCCCCUAAGAUUAACCUUAAACAAAUCUACCCGAAAACUCCAGAUCACAAACAUUUAUCUCAACUUCAAGCAGAUAAUCUAAUUGAUAGUCUAAUCCAAUUAUCGUCCAAAGUGGAUUCAUGUUUCAGUGAGGCUCAUUUUUACGAUGGAAUUGACCUAAUCAUGAGUUCACUUCGUAUGGCAAAUAAAAUGGUCCAAGACUCUAAACCCUGGGAACUUGCUAAAGACCCAGAGAAACAUGAACAACUAUAUUCAGUGAUUUACUUAGCUUUUGAAGCUCUCAGAGUUGUUGGAAUAUUAAUGCAACCAGUGAUACCACAAAUGUCAACCAAAUUGUUGGAUAAAUUGUCCAUUCCAACGGAAGAAAGAUUUUGGUCCUAUGCAACACCACGUUUACUCCCAGAAAAUUCAUCACCAGAACGACCUCUAAAUACUGAACUUGAAUCAAUUUUAUUCAACAGAAUUAGAUAGCAAUAAUACCAAUUAAUAACAAUUAUUCUGUAGAUAAUAUUAGAUUAAUGACUAUAACUAGAUAAACUAUAAAAUUCAUGUAUAGAUAAUAUUUUAUAUUCACUUUAAAUUGUUAUCAAGAACAAAAUGCCAUCAUUAGAUUGGAUUAAUCAGAUUAGAAUGUAAUUUAAUCCAGAAAUGUGAAAGCCUCUUGAUCCAUAUUGAAUUUUUAGUGACAAAUCAACGUAAACUGUGUACACUGAGAUCUAACAAUAACAUGAUAAACCCUCAGGCUAAGCAGAAAAAAUAAUAUCAAUUGUUAAAUCAAUUGGAUCAAAUUAUUAUUAACAAAAUCCAAGUAACAUCUUAUUUCAACCUGGGUGAAUAACUAUUGGCAUCUUUACACAUCUUGAAUUUCAUGAGGAAUUUUUUUCUCUCUCUCUCUCCCCCUGUUUACCAAUAACAUCAUGGAAACAAUAAGAAAUAUAAACCAAUAUAUCAGCCCCAU